ACCCCAAAAUCCGGCACACUUAUUGAAAAGCUGCCAUUCAAAAUGGCGCCGUGCAGUGGCCAGAGACUCCUGCUGGACUUUAAUCCGCUACGAUCCGAGUGACGAACUUCCUGCUUCCCUUCUCACGGGGUCCUGGAAACUAGAUCAAGAUGACACCCUCUUCAUGUUACCGGUUACUUAUGGCAAGCGGAAAAUAGAUUAAUACUAGGCUAAUAAUAAUAAUAAUAAUAAUAAUAAUAAUAAUAAUAAAGACGGUUAUCCUGAUAAAGUCGGAUAUGGUUUCCUCGGUGUGCACGGAUGGGACUCGGAAGAAUCCCGAGAGAACUGAACACCAAAACACAGCGCGCGUGCGUUAAUGUGGACUGUGGACGUUGCACGGCUUGACGUGUGCUUUAACCAAACAAAUGCAUCGGUGAUACGGUCAUGAUCCCGUGUAAUUCCCGUGUUCUAAAGGUAACCCCAAUGCAACGCUUGUCUUUAUGCUUCCAUCGGACCUUAACCGUUUUCCGGGUGCUGUAGAUUACCAAUAUACCGAGCUCUUCCGGCAGCACAGGAGGGUGAUAUCCAAACCUGCCGUUAAGGGCGAAUUUAUGGGCUCACAAGUUUCAUCUGAUGAGAUGAGUGUGCGCACAGGCCAGGGCAGUGAUGAGGUACUGGUGUCUCAGGCUGUGUGGGAUUACCUGGCAGCAGCUGGGAGGCCGUGGCUGCUUGACUUUGAGGAUAAACAGGGACUGAGCGCUGGCAUCGUGCGCCGUGGUGAGCGUGGAGGCUGCUGUGCUGUAAGACUUUCCCCGGUGGAGGGCAGGACCAGCUUGAUGGAAGGCCCAGUCUCACCUGCCACACGCAAAGCCUUUAUAGACCUGUGCCGCUGUGCCCGCAAGGAGAUGACCAAACAGGAAGCUGCUCCAAAGAGGAAGCGCUCUCUGUUACCCUGUAUUGGGGUGGUGGAAACGGACGCUGAGGGCAGUUUGCUUCCUCCUCCUCCUCCACAGCCACGUCGAUCCCAGAGGCAGCAGCAAAGGUGUAGGAAAAGCACUGAGAUGGACUCCUGCACUGUUUUGCCCAUGUUGCACGAAGCCACAGCAAAGACGGAUUGUGAUUCAGGAGCAGGCCGGUCAAACGAAGACGACAGCGCCAUCUGCUCCAUCUGCAUGGGAGAGAUGGUGGAGAAGACUACUUUGGAGAAGUGCAGCCAUUCGUUCUGCCGUUCUUGCCUGGAACAGGCAUUCCAGGUGAAGAAGGCUUGUCCUGUGUGCAGGCUCGUUUAUGGCCAGCUCAUUGGGAAUCAACCAGGAAAUGGUAGCAUGAUGGUGGAAAGAGACCCAGAUCUGGAGUUGCCUGGGCAUGAGGGCUAUGGCUGCAUUUGCAUUAUCUAUAGUUUCCCACCAGGGUUCCAAUCACAAGAGCACCCGAACCCUGGGGUGCGGUAUCCAGGCACAGAUCGUGUUGCCUACCUACCGGACAGCCCCGAGGGUAACCGUGUGUUGCGACUGUUGCGGCGGGCUUUUGAACAGCGGCUCAUUUUCACCAUAGGAACCUCCAUGACCACAGGCAUGCAUAAUGUCAUCACAUGGAAUGAUAUCCACCACAAGACCUCUAUAUGGGGUGGACCACGAUGCUUUGGUUACCCAGAUCCUACAUACCUCGUGCGGGUGACGGAGGAGUUGCGGGAGAAAGGAAUAACGGCUGAUUGAUCCUUUGGUACUCGGCACUUUGGGACAAUUAGCGACCUGGCAGGUGGACCACAUUGACCCCAGACUAUCCAGUGAUUCACUGUGUUAAUGUAAAUCACAGCCAUUCUGCAGUACCGGUUUGGUCAGGUGGCUGAGAUUGUGUUGAUUUUGUUUCUUUUUGUUUGAACAAAAAGUGAUUGCAAUAAAUGACACUUUAUAAUUGAGUGCAGUGCAUUCCACACUUUUAUUAGCUUCAGAGAUGGCACUUUGGAAAAGUUAAGAGUGAAAUCAAAAGCUCUGUGGUUUGCUGAACUUUGAGAUGGAGUGGUGACUAACUUCUUUCGGCUGUAGUAGGGAAGUAAACUGUUUUCAUGUUCUAGGCAAAUGGCUUUCUCUUGUUUGCUCUCUGUUUCUUCUGUCCAGAAGGUUUUCUGUGACUUGUUCUUGUUUUGCCAUUGUCUGGACCAAGAAAGCAAACCCUAGCUAUACACAUACUGGGUCAUUUUUUCAUAAGCAGCACUACAAGGCACUUUGCAGUUAUGUAUGUGUGUAUGUGUGUAUGUAUGUAUGUAUGUAUGUGUGUAUGUAUGUGUGUAUGUGUGUAUGUAUGUAUGUUAAUUGUUACAGAUUGGAGCUGAUUUCUGGGCUUUUUCCAGAUACGCAGCAUUUUGCAGAUGUAGAGACCAGUUUAGCGGCUACAAUCUGAUGUCAGUCCCUAUAUGCCCCCAUUUUUGCUUCCUCUUAUCUCAUCCAGAAAGAUCCUAUGUUUCAAGAUAUAUAUAUAUAUAUAUAUAUAUUUUAAAAAAACAUUUGUCUUGUUUUUAUUAUUAUUAAUUCAUCUGUCAUUUGUGUUCUGGUUAGUGUUUGGAAAACCCCAGUCAAGAAUUGCUGCUGUGAUUAGAUCAGCUUUAAAAAAAAAAACCCCACAAAAACAAAUGAAAAGUGGAAAGUUUCUUUUGCAUGUCUGUUGUUGAUUGAAUGUGAAAACUUCUAUAUGAUGUCAUGGGGGAAAAAAGACCUGUAGACUAAUCCCAAAUCAAAUAUAUGGCACAAUCAGAUUCUUCGCCAUGGAAGAAUCACACUUCAGCCUCAAAUCCAGCAAACAGCAAGCGCUGGAUGUAUUCCAUGUCAGUAGGCUUUCUUCAUUUAUAGUGACGCACUACCAGUGUGAUUCUACGUCCAUGUGAUUAGUUUAUCCCAACAGUAUAAUGGAAAAAUAUGCAGUAGCAUUUAUUUUCUCAUUCAGUCUGUUUUUGUACUGUUAACUAAAGAACUCAGCAUGUUCUAAGUGAUAAAGACUUCUCUGUACUAGGUGGUCACUGGUUAUAGCCAGAAACCUGAAGCACGUUCUCUCAGUUAGUCGAGAACAUUAUAGUACCUGUCCGAUUUGGUUCAUCAUUACAAACUUGAAAUCUUUUCUGCUAUAUAAAGAAAUGUGAGGAUUAUGGCUCUGAAAGGGUUUAUUAACUAUAAUAUCAUGAAAUGCAAAGAAGAUCCACUGAAUAUCUGUAAAGCUGUUUCAAAUGUUUCUUUUUGUUUGAUCCUCCUCGUUUUCUGUUAAGGGACCAACACCUUUUGGAUGACAUAGUGACACCGAUCAUGCAAAAUUCUAUGCAGUUCAUGUUAGAUGAGGAAGAAAUAAACCUCUUAAAGAUAAUCGAUUGUUAUUCAAAGUUCAUGAUUUGCCUUUAUGACUGUGUUGAUUUGUACGCGACAGACCUGUCUGCUGCAAUAUGUGCUUUAUGUUUUCAUACUUGAAUAAAGAGUUCUGUUCAGUU